AUGCCGCCCAAGAAGGUCUAUGUCCAGCCCGCAAGCUCUCGCCGCCAGCCCAAGGGCUUCUUCAGGUCCACUUACGACUCCCUGACGUCGCCUGAGAACUCCUCCAUGGUCAAGGCCAUUGCUUCGUUCGGCGUCGGCGUUACUUUCCUUGCAAGCUCGUGGGGCGAGUUUCUGCUUCCUCCGAUGCACAACAAGGAGAACCGUGACGACUGUACACUACGAGACGAGACGGGCACGAGCGGAUGGAUGACAUGGAAAUGGAAGGCAUCAGUCAAGCUGGGAGUUGAUGCCCGGUUGUCCUUGGCGACGGCCCACGGAUGA